AUGGAUGUGCCUCGAAUUCCAAAAAUUUCCAAUCCAACUCUUGACUCCUACAUAACCGUGUUAAAAAUUAAGAAGAGCAUAGAAAAAUGUAAAGAAGGAAAGGCCUCUGGCACCGAUCCUGUCAAUUACAGUUUUUAUAAAAGGUUUCCUGAAAAUUGGCUACAGUAUCUUGAGAUUCUGUUUAAUCGUAUCAUGACCACUGAAAUAAUGCCUAGCUCUUGGGGUCAUCUAACAAUGUCCAUGUUGUUUAAGAAAGGAGACAUACAUGACCCUUCUAAUUAUAGGCCCAUAACACUGGUAAACUGCACAGCAAAAAUUUCUACACAGAUACUUUGUAGUCGGCUCACUAAAUGGGUAACUGAUGCAAAUCUAAUUCCAGAAUCUCAGUCGGGAUUCGAAAACGGAGGAGCUGCUUAG